GUGCUCUUCCUAAACCAGAAACACUGGAGGCUUGUGAGAGCUACACUUCCAAGUCCCCAUCCGUCACAUUCGGUGUGUCGUUCCCCCUCUCCCCCCCCCAGUCCAUCCUGCUCCACAGUUAAACAUGAAUUCCAGCCCCUGUGGUGAUAAGUUACCCAGCCACCCUCUCCAGGUGAGGCUUCUUUGAUGGUGGAGUUAACUAGGGCCUCAGAGGAGAUGAGGAGCUAGAGAGUGGAAUUCAACUCAGCUUUGCUGUCCACUGUGAAUCUAGAUUACAUGUAAUUCCCAAAUAACAAAGGGAUAGACUCCCACAACAUUACCUAACGGGGGCUUUUCUCUGAGGCUUCUGCCCUGGGCAUAGGGUGGGGGGCAGAAAGAACAUUGGCCUACAUCCCCUUUCUCAUAGUAAAGCAGCUCAGAAAACCCUCACUAGAGGAAAGCUUGGCUGUAAAAGUGAAAGUCUUUGUGAACCCCUGGCUCACCCAAGGAACCUUCCCUGGCUCCAAGAUCCUGGUUUUCAGGAAGCCUGUCUGGCCUUUUAGUUUUUCUUUUUUGAGACAGGUUUCUUUGUGUAGCCCUAGCAGUCCUGGAACUCACUUUGUAAACCAGGCUGACCUUAAAUGCAGAGAUUUGCCUGCUUCUGCCUCCCAAGUGCUGGGAUUAAAGGCAUGUGCCACCACCGUCCAGCCUCAGUCUGGCCUUUUGAGGAGCCAGAAAGGGUUCUAUAGUAGCCCUGGGGGUAAACUGUUGGUGGCAACUGUUCCCUAGCCUGCUGACAGUAAGUGGCUCCAACAACAUCCUCAUCCCACCCAGUUUCACUGCCCAGUCCUCAGAGAGUGAGACAGGAAUUCACUCACUUUCCCCUGAAGGCGCCAAGACCAGGGCACUGGGGGAUCAUAGAGGGCAGCUGAAGCCCUGGGAACUUUGGGGAGGUAGAUUUCUGUGUUUGGGGGGUUUCACACAGUACAGGACUAAAAGCAGAGACUGCCAGAGGCUGAAGUUUGAGGAGGGAGGUGUGACCAGCUUCUUGGCGAAAGCUGGGAUGUGUAUCAUUCUGGUCCAACCUAGAACUCUAUCAGCCCCAAUCCUGCCUUGCUUCCCUUUUCAACCUCCCUUGAGUGAAUGCUAAGCCUCUUCCCUCUGGAGGCGGAGCCACCCACUCUGAACAGCUUAAAACCCUAAGGCAUGAGCCUGGUGUGGGCAACAGCCCUGGCAUGGCCCUCUGACUCCUCGCCCUGUGCCAGCUCCAUGGCCAGUCCUGUGGAAGCAGAAGCAUCUCCAGGCUGUGCCAGUGGAUUGGGUCCCCAUCGGAGAAAGAGGACCACUUUCAGUGUUGGGCAGUUGCUGGAGCUGGAACGGGUCUUUGCAGCUAGGCCCUAUCCCGACAUCAGUACCCGUGAGUACCUGGCCCAAGUAACUCACCUGCCUGAAGCCAAGAUCCAGGUGAGCUGCAAUAGUCCAACUUCUGGGCUUGACACAGCACUUCUCCUCUCUGGGAAUCCUGCCUUCAUAUUCAAUUUCUGUCCCAGGAGAGUGUGCUGGUGCCAAAAUAUAUCCCUUCAUGUUCCCUAUCAGGUGUGGUUCCAGAACCGCCGAGCCAAGAGAAUCAAGAACAGAAAGCCAGGAGCCCUAAACCCUAGGCUGAAGCUUCCUCUAAAUGCCUCUUCUCUUCCAGACACUCCCCAGCAACCCUGGGACCCUGGGACACCAGGCCAGCCUCUACACCCCACCAGUUCAGUUCAGCAGGCUUCAGCAUGCUCACAGACCUCCUGUGGAGCUCCCAGCUUGGUUCCAGAGGCUAAAGCUGCAGCCCCACGGGGACCAAGUGGGGCUUUAGGGGUUCACCCUUCUUUAGAGCAGAUUGUUCCUCAGACCUCACUGAGCAGCCUGUCUGACCUUAUCUAUACCUCAGCUGUUGUCACCAAUAGAGAUCACUCCUAACUUAGCUGUGGAGCUCUUAGGAGUUUGGCUCUAGCUCUUGUAACCCACUCCAUCUCUCCUGGAGUGGAGCACAUUAAGAAUUCCUGCCUCUUUUUACACAGGGAAUAUUCUCUAAGAGUCUAGCUCAGAGACCCAUCCCUCCACUCCCAACCUCCAGCAACCUAGCUGGAGAUCCCAUGCAGUGGCUGGAGCCUAGCUCUUACUACCUGGCACCCUGAUCAUUUUGGAGGCAUAUGCCCAUUAUCUCAUCAGGAGGUAUCGCCAAGGUAAGGGACCAUGUUGUCGACCUCUACCGCCAGGCUUGGCUCCACCAUUCCCAUUAUUUUAGCUGAUGAUCUCUUCCCUCUGAAGGGGCAGCCACCAGUCUGAGUGAGCCCUGUCAGUACCUUAUCUAUGAGCCAGGGGAAGGGUACUGCUCCUCUGCUGGACUGCUGGGAGACCCACCUUUUCAUGGUUCAGAGCCCCAUUGCCUGACUUCCUGCCACCUGGACAAAUUAAUCAGAAUUGUGGAUUUGAAGAGGGAGUGAUAUUGAAGUUACAGAAAUAGAAGCCCAGGUCUUAGGUUGAUUGAAUUUCCCCAAAGAUCAGAUUGGCUGUCCUCUGAUGUGGGCUGUGGGGACAACCUGACAGACCUGGGGAGUGGGUGGGCUUUUGUAUCACUGUCAUCUGUAAUACCAACUAAUCUCCAAAUAAAACAAAACCCUACUUUAAUCUGGAUUGUUGUAUUGCAAAUGGUGAUGAGGCUUGCUUGCCUGGGAAAUUUAUCUCCCACCACCAAAUCCCCAAAUAGGGCCAGGUGCCACAGGCUCCGGGUAGGAAUCACUUCCAGGCUUCUGCUGGGAUUAGAGAGUGGUUAAUUAAAGGGCUCAGAGCUCGCACAGGCUCUGGGGACACAGUAGCUG